UGUCAAGUAAAGAUGGAGCGAACUCCCCUGCUCCUUCUUCUGCUUAACACCUCGGCCUGCUGGGGUUUUGGCUUAAAGGCUGCUCUCAGAACUUCCCCAAAACAGACGUCAUGUGAUGCUUCAACCAGAACAUCGCUAACCUCUCUGAUGUCGUUAGCAUGAUCCCAGAAAACAUAACAACGAUCAACCUGUCCAAGUACAAGAUCAGAGUCAUCCCACCUGGAUCAUUCAGUCAGAUGCUUGGGCUCAAACGCCUGGACCUGAGCCAGAACAAGCUGGUCUCUCUAAAAGGAGGAGAAUUCAGAGGCCUGAGUGGCCUGGUAUGGCUCAACCUCACCUGCAACAACAUCUCACACAUUCUCUACAAUGCCUUUGAUGGGCUUACCCGGCUACAAACUCUACUUCUGAUCCACAACGCACUUGCAACAAUAUCUCCGGGUAUCUUUAACUCCCUCCCAGCGAUUCAAGCAGUCGAUCUGUCCCUGAACAUGCUUAAGGUUUUCAGCUGUAGAGACUCUGGUGGAUCGUCCACUCUUUGACGGCUCAAUCUUUUCACACACAACAUCCAGAAAUUA